AUUUUUUAUUUUAAAUUUUCUAGUUUUUCUUUUCGGGUAAGGAAGAAGAGGAUUGUUCUUCCUACCUUAGCAUUACUGCAGUAGGGUUUUGAAGAUCCCAUUGAUCGAACCAAAAAAUGUUUCUCACUAGAACGGAAUACGAUAGAGGUGUCAACACCUUUUCUCCCGAAGGCCGUCUGUUCCAAGUUGAGUACGCUAUUGAAGCUAUCAAGCUCGGUUCAACGGCAAUUGGGAUAAAGACAAAGGAAGGAGUUGUUCUCGCUGUUGAGAAGCGCAUCACUUCCCCACUACUGGAGCCAAGCAGUGUGGAGAAGAUUAUGGAAAUUGAUUCCCAUAUUGGGUGUGCAAUGAGUGGAUUAAUUGCUGAUGCACGGACACUUGUAGAACAUGCUCGAGUUGAGACUCAGAAUCAUAGAUUCUCCUACGGUGAACCUAUGACUGUUGAGUCCACUACACAAGCUCUCUGUGAUUUGGCCCUGAGAUUUGGCGAGGGUGAUGAAGAAUCAAUGUCUAGGCCUUUUGGGGUUUCUCUUCUCAUUGCUGGUCAUGAUGAGAACGGUCCAAGCUUAUAUUAUACUGAUCCGUCCGGUACAUUCUGGCAAUGCAAUGCAAAAGCUAUCGGUUCUGGUUCUGAAGGUGCCGACAGCUCUUUGCAGGAGCAGUACACUAAGGAGCUCACUCUUAAAGAAGCUGAAACAAUAGCACUAUCCAUCCUCAAGCAAGUUAUGGAGGAAAAGGUGACUCCCAAUAAUGUCGAUAUUGCCAGGGUAUCCCCAACUUAUCAUUUGUACCCCCCUUCCGAGGUGGAGGCUGUCAUUAGCCGCCUGUAAGGAGAGAACUACAUCCAGGAGCUUUGCACUUAAUCCGGUUUUGUGUAAUUGCAAACAUUUGCAUCUGUACUAGAAUUGGAUUUUUCCAAAAGUUUGUUUCGAGAUUGUGCUCCAUUAGUAGUUGAAUGAAACUUCGGGGUGAACUUCUUUUAAGGUUGAGUUGAUCCUUUUGACUUCAUUA